AUGUUCUUCAACGCGUUGGAUCUUACGACUGCCCUCCGCCCGUCUCUAUUGCCAGAUGAGACUCUUCUCUUUGUGCAGGAUCAGGUCGGACUGUAUGAAGGGAAAUACAAAAUUCCAAAUUACCAGUCUGGCCAUGCCUAUCUCACGUCGCAUCGCAUAUGCUAUGUCGACGGCGAUCAGCCUCGAAAAUACUCUGUUGCCCUUGAGUUAAAAUAUGUCGAUCGUGUUGAAUAUCAAGCAGGCUUCUUAAAGUCGUCGCCCAAGAUAACGAUAUAUCCAAAGCCGUCGAAAAGAGUACUCGGUCAAAAUAGCAACGGUCCUGGCAGUUGGAUUACCCCACAAGCAGCGAGGCCUGGUUCUCCAGGCAGUCCAUCGUCACCCCUUCGCCGGAGUGGUAGUCCAUUCAACUCUCCAGCCACUCUUCCUGUGAGAACACCGAAUGCAACUUGGGUUUGUCCAAUAUGUUCAUUCUCAAAUCCAGUUCCAUCGAAUUUUAACCCUGCAACGGCGAACGCCUCCAUGACACUGCCUUCAUGUUUGGCUUGCGGUAUAAAACCUCCCUUCACUACGAUUUUGAAAGCAGCAAUAACGUCAGCAUCAGCGUCUAGUCGUGGAGGAACUAGCACUGUUUCUGUGCAUCCUUCGCCACUAGGCAGCCAGUAUGAUCCUGUUAGAAUCGGAAGUAAUGGUGAUUAUCUGCCCAGCUUCAACCGAUUCCAUAAUCCUCCUUCGUCAGCGGAUUCAGGUAUAUCUUGCCCAAGAUGUACCUUUGCGAACCACCCUUCUCUCUUAUAUUGUGAAAUAUGCGGUGCACCUCUCCAAAGAGGUGAUCACGCGACCAACAGUCAAAUCCCGGAUCGCUCGGACUCGCCAGCGCCAUUCUUUGCAACCUCAAACUUACAUAAUACCGAAGUAUAUGAAAGCGUCAAGCUAUCCUUCCGUGGAGGUGGUGAGAAGAUAUUUCAUGAAAGGCUCAGAAGCGCUUUGGUACAGCGAAAAUGGCUUCUUCAUGAUGCCCCACCCGUCCCGAAAGCUAACCCUUCUUCCACCUCUUCCACACCAGGUAGCGACCCCAAUUCACUGGGGCAGCGUCCAUCACACUCUGCGGUUGGUAUUGCCGGACUUGAACGCCGGGGAUUCGAAGCAAGGCAGAACAACCAAGUGGUUCUUGGAAGUGCGUUUGAAGAUCUCGAGGCACUGAUGGCAUCGGCCAAGGAAAUCGUUGCGCUUGCCGAAACCUUCGCCGUGGAAUCGGGAAUGAUGUCCAAUGGAAGUUCUGCUGAAGCCAGAAGGGUUCUUUCGCAAUCCGCAGCAGCGCUGGGCAUGACCACUACUAAGGAUAUGCUUGGAUCCGGCGGUGGUUCCGAGAACUUGUACCUAUCGGAGCUCUCUCGCAAUCUGGCAGAAUACCUAACUGAUGAUCGUAACGGUAUCCUUCACCGGGAAGGUGGGAUCAUGAGUCUAAUCGACCUUUGGGCUGUGUUCAAUCGUAGUCGCAAUGGUGUCGAACUUGUAAGCCCGGCAGAUUUCCAAAAGGCGGCUGAGCUGUGGGAGAAACUGAAACUGCCCGUUCGUCUCCGCCGGUUCAAAAGUGGGCUGCUUGUAGUGCAACGUUUCGAUUGGACGGAUGAAAAGACCAUUAGACAGUUGAAAGGGUGGUUUGAAGAGUUGCGAUCCACACCACUGUCUGAUGAAGUUGUUUUUUGGGAUUGGCAUAUGUAUGGUAGAGGCGUUACGGCUCAAGAGGCAGCGGAGCGGUUCGGUUGGAGUGUUGGCGUCGCUGCCGAGGAACUGGAGAUGGCAGAGGAUAGGGGGGUUCUCUGUCGCGAGGAAGGGAUUGAAGGCUUGCGAUUUUGGAAGAAUUAUAUCGUUGAUCCAGAUACUUUCGAAGGGAUGGGUUUCGAAGUGGACUUUUCUCUCCUCGCUGUUUGA